AAACAUGCUGUCCUGACUUGCUUCCGAUUCCGGAGAGACAAAUGACAAGUCAGGUACCAACCUACUAUCAGCCUCCUCCAACUUACUCUUAUCAACACCGGGACUCGUCCACCUUUGCUCCUUCACAUCAUCCGCUCCUCGCUCCAUUCCAGCCACAGUUGUCCCCCACCGACGGACAUGUAUCGGUCGGGAUAGGAGGCGCACUCAGAGGAUCCACGACGCGCGCAUCAGAUGUCAAGAACAAGCUCCUGAUCCAGUAUAAGCAGCAAGGCUUUUCGUACAAGGCCAUCAAGGAGGUUUGCAACUUCGCCGAGGCCGAAUCCACCCUUCGCGGCAGAUAUCGGACUUUGACCAAGCCCAAGCACUCUCGAGUGAGAAAGCCGCAAUGGCAAGACAGAGAUGUAAAGUUCAUUUUUCCCUUUUACAUUGUGGCUCGUGCGUUUCAAUCGUGAGAAGAAUCCCAUAUAUUG